ACAUAAUGUAAACAAAUUAUUAAUUUACUUUAUUAUAUGUUUAUAGGUACAUAAAUGAAAACACCACAGCAUCUGGAUUGUAUAAAACUUUCCAUAAAUCAAUACCUGUAUAUCUUCGCAAUCGUCCACCUAACAUUGUUAGGCGUUAUGAAGUAUAUUUAGGUGACACUACACGCUUUCCAAAAUGCACCUGCCCGGACUUUAAAAAGCACUUCCUGCCGUGUAAACCUAUGUUUGCUGUCUUUAAUAACUAUGCAGGCGUAUCAUGGGCUUCAUUGCCAAACUGGUUUAGAGAUUCGGUGUAUGUAACAUUAGACAAUGAAAUAAUUUCAACAAAAGAAGCUAAAAGUAAUGAAAGUGUUAUGGAAAUUAACACUGAUGCAUCAGUUGAUGUUGACCAUGCACAUGCACUCACGGAUGUUGAAGAAUCAAAUAAAAAAUCAGAUAAGCCCAUGAAACAAACAAUAAAUCAAAUAAUUGAAAUGAUGAACAUAUUAAAAGACACAUUAUAUGAUGUCCCUUCACAACAAGCACUUCAAAUUGCAAAAGAUAAGCUGUAUUUGAUUCAGCAAGAUUUGAACACAGUUUGCAAACAUGAAGAAGGGAUUAGAGUUCAAAAGCCGGAUGUUUCGUUGAAGUUGAAAAGGAAAUUGCCAAAAUCUUUUGUGUGUGAUAAGCUGCCACAGAAAUAUCCGAAGACAAACCGGUUUAUUUGUAGGCUUGGUUCUGAUGUAAACCUCCAGACAACAGUUUUAAAGACCGCAGUAAAUGUCAAAAAGCCCAUUCAAAUACUCCCUUGUAAUGCUGUAACUGGUAAACGUAUCACUGACACUGCCUUCCACACUCUGUCACAAUACUCCAACUACUAUCUCUGGAAAUGUAUCUACCUUUUGAACAAAAAUUAAAAAUCUUGGCUUGUGACAAACAGUUCAGAAUAGGGUGGCUAUAUGAUGAAAUUAUCAACAGUUACCUAAGAUGCCUUUCGAUUAGCAAUAAUCAUGUCAUGUAUGCCGACUCAGCAGUAGCCCAAAGCAUGCAAAGAGGUAGCUCGUUAAAGUUGCUAUGGAAAAAUGCAAAAUUGGAUGAUAAAACAUUUAUAUUUAUUCCUUGGAACCCAAGUAGUUGUCAUUGGGUGUUGCUUGCAGUGGACAUCAAAAACAAACGAUUGCUUUAUCUGGACCAAAUAGACAAACCAUCUAUCCAACUAAAAAAAGAAAUUGAAACAGCCAAGUUUACUCUCAAUAAUGUCUUAAAUCUGAAGUUUGGAUUAUUACUAACAUCUGUUGAUACACUAUCAACCAACCGAACAUUUCAAAGCGACAGUAUGAGCUGUGGUGCAAUGCUUUGUAUGUAUGCGCAUUGGCUUGCUGAGGAACAAUCACUGUUGCAACCUUCUGUUGGCCCCAUUGAAUGUCGUCAACAUAUAUUCAACAUCAUUUCAACAAAAACCACACUAGAUAUUAAUAUGUGUGGGUACUGCAGGUCAACAACUGUUGGCAAAUGUAAAAAUAUUGGCUGGAUUCAAUGCACACGUUGCCCACAGUGGUUUCAUACAAAAUGUGUUGGAAUGAACACGAGGCAAGCAAAGGUAAAUACAACAUUCUGUUGCCCUUAAAUAAAGUAUAACUAACAAUGUGGUAUCAAAAUCACCUAAACAAGACUUAUGUCCAAGAUGAGUCAUAUGAUACAAUGCUUAUAUAACAGCAACUUACACUGUUUCGUGUAUGCUUGGCCAAUGCUUAUUAUUCAAGCAAAUGCUCUUACAGAGCAACUUACACUGUUUCGUGUAUGCUUGGCCAAUGCUUUAAAUUAAGCAAAUGCUCCUACAGAGCAACUUACACUGUUUCGUGUAUGCUUGGCCAAUGCUUA